AAGAGGAAGAGCCGUAUGUCUCUCCAAAAUGGCGACGACCAUAGAAAGUGGUAUUGCAGGAGCUGCGAAUAGGAAAAAACAUCUCGGAAUCCCCGAAGCAAUAUUUGUGGAAGAUGUGGAAUCCUUUAUGAAGCAGCCGGGCAAUGACACAGCAGACGCCGUGCUGAGGAAGCUGGAUGAACAAUAUCAGAAAUAUAAAUAUAUGGAGCUUAAUCUGGCUCAGAAGAAACUCAGGUUGAAAAGCCAGAUUCCACAAAUCAAACAGACAUUAGAAAUCCUACGACACAUGCAGAAAAAGAAGGACACUACAGAUCCCAUGGAGACACACUUUCUGUUGGCUGAUAACGUCUAUUGCAGGGCCUCUGUCCCCCCCACAGAUAAAGUGUGUUUGUGGCUUGGGGCUAAUGUCAUGUUAGAGUAUGAUAUCGAUGAAGCCCAGGCGCUAUUGGAGAAAAACCUGGCCACGGCCACCCGGAAUCUGGACUCUCUGGAAGAGGACCUGGACUUCCUUCGAGACCAGUUCACAACCACUGAAGUCAAUAUGGCACGUGUUUACAACUGGGAUGUCAAAAGAAGGAGCAAAGACAACCUCCUCAAAUCAGCUGAGCGGUCUUAGAAGACAGGACAUAAUUUGGUCCCACCCCACACAAAUUCCUUCCCCAUCAGAAAAUUCAUUUUCAUGUGUCUGUUUGCACAAACACCAACUGUUAUCUAUUGAUUUAUUACUUUUUAAAGUAUUUUUUCAAGUAAAAGGUAAAAAAAAAAAAUCAAACCUGUAAUAAUGGCAGUUUUCUUGUUUUCUUUUUUUAAUGACUAAGUAUUAGCUUUGUUUCAGUUGAGGUUCUCUCCACUUGUGUCUUCCUCUAUGCCCCUUUUGCUCUCAUUUGUUUGGCAAACAUCUGAGAUUACGGUUCUCUUGUUAAACUUCCCACACUUAUGGCUCUCAUAUUUCUUUCUGUGAAAUUCAGUUUACCAUAUUUUAGUGAGAGGGACCCUGUCAAAGUGCACAGUGACAACAUUAGGGAAGCAUCUUGUUCAUUUAUCAGCCUCUGCUUCCUCCUUUUUCUACGUCUCUUCCUUUCACACUUCCUUAUCCAAUGCCUGUUUUUUCACCUCUUUCAUCUGUACUUAUUUCUCCCAUUGUAUCCAUUAAACACUGAAUGAGGAAAGAAUAAUGAAGCGA